AUGAAAAGCAGAGAUAUCAAAUGUGCCAACAUUUUGGUAGAUGCAAAUGGAUCUGUGAAACUAGCAGAUUUUGGACUGGCUAAACAGACUACGAAAAUUAACAUACUGAAAUCUUGCAAAGGGAGUGUAUAUUGGAUGGCUCCAGAGGUUGUUAACCCAAAACAGCCAUAUGGACCUGCAGCUGAUAUAUGGAGCCUUGGUUGCACUGUUCUUGAGAUGCUAACUAGGCAGGUUCCAUAUCCUGAUAUGGAAUGGCAACAUGUCUUUUUCAAGGUUGGCAGGGGUGAGAAACCUCCCAUCCCCCGUGAACUCUCGAGAGAUGCCCAAGCUUUCAUUACCCAAUGCAUACAAGCCAAUCCCGCUGAUAGGCCCACCGCUUCACAGCUAUUGGAGCACCCAUUUAUUCGGAGAUGGCUUCCACUUUUACCAUCAGCCUCUGAUUACUCUUCUUCACCUGGCAAAAAUAGAUGGAAUUGAUUUGUCACAGUUAAGAGGAUUACUUGAGCUUGUCUCAGACAUUCAUUAUUCAUGUACUACAGGAUUAGAGUAGAGCCACCAAUGAGGUGGAAUUCAAUUUGUCAAGCAGCACCUGUGGAAAGCAGCAUAAAUAUUUGUAGGCAAUAUUAGGAUUAGCACUUUUUCGCAGCUCCACUGUUCUUUUAAUCUCCAUUAUUUCAUGAGAAGCUUUAAUUGUAAUGUUGCGCUUCUAUCUGCUUGUCCAUUAAUGCUUGAUUAAUGCUUGAUAAUAGAUUGUACUAUGUACAUCCAUUUUUUUCAGACAAAAGGAGUUGCCCCUUAUGUGUAUAUAUGUAUGUCUCUGUAACAACAGUGGAACUAGCAAGGUGCAUGGUUUUUUUUUUUUAAGAAAGCAUGGAGGCUGUACUUGUUC